AUGUCUCUCAACAUUCUAUGCCACACUAUGCUUAUCCUAAUCUUCCGCCCCUUCUUCAUCUGGCGCUGGACCACACACCUACGCGACCACCCACUCGCCCUCCGAGCCCAAGUUGUCUGCACCAAACAAGCAGCCGACGUGAACGAAAUCUUCCGCGCGUACGGCCGGCUCUUCAACUUCCAAUACCAAACCUACCUCGUUUCUUAUUGCGUCUACACCGCAGCAACCAUAGACGUUCGACUGAUGCGUCAUGAAGAUAGGGGUCUGGCAGAAAAGGCUGCUGAUAGACUGGUUGUUACCCUGCGGAUGUUGGAGACGGAACUUAAACAGACGCCUGGAAUCAGGAGGAGUAUUGAGAUUAUUAGGAGUCAUUUGGGGAAGCAACGAUUACCUAUUCUGAAUGAAUAUGCGAUUGAUGCACGCCAUGAGCAAUUGGACUCGAGUCGAAGCAGUAAUAACCGGGGAGAGAAAUGUCAGGGCUAUGAAAUCUCUCCAUCUACCUUGUCAUCGUCAUCAUAUAUCCCUUCUUCUUCUCGUUCUGGCAUACAGCUGCAGAAGUUACCUAUAGUAUCUGCACUAGCGCACCAUCUUCCUCUUCCCCUUCAAUCCACCCAUCUCAAUCAAAACGCAGAUAUCUACGAGCAAUCCACACAGCAACAUAAUAACCAAGACAUACGGCCAGAAACCCCAGAUAUAAUCCCACCAAUCCCUCCAAUAACCCUACCCACACCCGGAACCGCAAACACAAACCUAAAUCCCGAUCUAGCCACCUAUAUAGACGCCCAGCAACUAAAUCGAAUCAAUAUGCCAUGGUUCGAUUGGAACGUCGACGACUCUGGUGGUGGGUUUGUGCCUGAUAUGGCUUAUUGGGGUGCUAUGCAGUAUGGUUGAGUUCAUUUUGCAUUGACUGUUAGUGGAGCAGAUAAUCUUUAUAG